AUGAAAAGGCAUAGAUCUAUAGAGAGUCUAUCAUCUAUAUCAUCAGAAAGCUCUGAAAGCGAAAGCGAAAGUGGAAGUGAUAACGACGAUUCAGAGGAUUAGAGUAAAAAAAGCAAGAAUAGUAAUUAAAGUAAUGAUGGAGAUUCAGUUGAUAAUAGAAAAAAGAGGCAUCAUAAGAAAAGGAAAGACAGGAAAAAUCACUCUUAAAAGUAGGAUUAGAGAAAAAAAUCUAUUAAAAGAUAACAAACUCUAAGGAUCGAUGUAAAUAGGUAAAAAACUAUUACUCCUCAAGAUCCUUCUCUUUAAAGGUAGAGAUCUAAAAGUAUUGAUUCUCCUUAAAAGAUAGAAAUAAGGCCAAAAAAAAGGUAGAUGACUUAUUAAAACAAUCAUUUAAACAUAAAUAAAGUUUAAAAUGAUGGAACUGCAUUUUAAUUUCAUCCUCACAGCUAAAAUAAGAUAUUGAAUUAAUAAAGAAGGCUUCAAAAAGCGAAAACUAUUAAUAUAAAUGAUAAUUAUUUAGUUUAUAACAGUGGAGGUAAUAGCAAACAAGAAACAAAUGCAGACAUAGACGAGGACUAUAACUUAUAGACAAAUAAUUCAAAUAAUAAAACUGGUAGCUAGACAGUAAUAAGAUAAAGAAAAAGAAGUAGUGUGGUUUCUAACAUUUCAAAUGAGUCUAAUACUUCCUAAUAGUAUCUUUUUGAUAAAAAAUAAUAGCAACUUGGCCUAAUAGUAAAUUCAAAUAAUACACAUUAAAUACCUAGCUAAGCGCUAAAGGGUUAAAUUCCAAAUAUAAAUAUACUUUCAGCAGAAAAUGAAGAAGUUGAUUAGCUUAAAUUGGAAAAAUAAGAUUUAAAAAACUAAUUAGUAGAAGAAAAGAAAAGAAAAAGUAAGUUAGAAUUAAUAAACAAUAGCUUAGCUAAGGAAUAUGAUUAGCAAAAUCAGCUACUUAAUACAAUUAAUAAUAAACUUGACUUGAAGGCAAAUAGCAACUAGAUUAUUUCAUCAGAGAGAAAUUAUAUCAGGAGAGCAAAUGAUAUAUCUGCCUUUGCCAGAUAAACUAAAAGUAAAAAAAACAGCUUUUUGUACAAGAUAGUUAACAUAUUAAAUGUUUUAAACCCUUUCAAGUCAUACUAUAAGAAAAUAAAUUAGAAAAUUGGAGAUUCUGCUAUAAUUUAUUUUGAAUUUGUAACAUAUUUGAUAUUCCUUCAUCUUGUUAUAGCUAUUUCUUAUAUGUAUUUUUAUUUUGACUACCUAAUCAACUCUUCAUAGAAAUUUGAUUCAAACUAUUAGUCUUUUGUCAGCUAUUUGAUGAGUCAUAACUAUACAAACAAUACUCAUGUUUCUUACACCAUAACGUAAAUUCUUUCUAUACUAAAAAUUCUUUCUGUUACAACUCAUUCACAAUAAUUAAAUAAAUCAGAACAUAGAUUUUUUUACUAGCCAAUUUUUUGA